CUGGAGAGAUUUUGACCUUUCCGAGUGCUCCACCAGGAGGCGGAGGAGAAAGCGACUUCUAGGCUUCUCUUCUCUCCUUCCUCCCCUUCUGCACCCGCCUCCAAAUCCCCUCAGUGGCGUCUCCUCCGCCUCGGAUCCAAUGGCAUCUCCUCCGCUUCCUACUGCGCCCCCUCACCCUUCUCUGCUGAUCGAGAUCGGACCUGACGGCAUCGCCAGAGAGUCCCCUGUCAUUGCCUACACCGAGAAGAUCAUCGAGGCAGAGCAGCUUCAACUGAAGAGGUAUAUACAAGAAAACUAUUCAAAAAUACGAGAAGUAGAACGUGAACUAGAGAGCCUUACAUUAGAGUUGAAACUUACAGCUGGGCCAAAGAAAGCAGCACUUGAGCAUAUGCGAAAGAAGAUUGAAUUAUCCACUGAGAAGAUACGUGCUGCUAAACUGAAGGAAGAACAAGCAAAAAAGGCUUGGGAAGCUGCAGUUCAAGCUGUUAAAGAUGAGGAGGCAAUCAAGCAAAAGCUUUGUGAUGAUCUGAACCAGCUGGUCCAAGAAAGUACAAGCACUCAGUUUCUAAGAUUGGAGGAACUAAAAAGACGGUUGGAAGCCCUAAACCCCAACAAAGUUUCUUCUGAUGCACCAGAUGGAAAAUUGGAUAGCAAUGCUGUAGGACCUCCAAUGACAGUGAAUCAGUCAACGUCAGUUAAAGUUCCUAAUGCAAAUGCUGCAACCAAUAGCAGUGAGUCAACAUUAUCAGAUGCGAAGCGUCAAGUCGCAGAAGUGAAGGAUAAAAAGAGAGUCAUGAACACCGGGAGAACAAAGGGCAGCAUGAUCUUGCCAAAGGAAAGAGGACCUGUGACUGGCUGGACUGGUUCAGGAUUCGAUGUUGAUAGUAGCACAUGAUAGAAGGUUGAGUUUGGAGCCACCUUCUAAAGAUAGGACAGAAUUGAACAAAAUGGUCAGGACGUUGUGCCAAAAUUGUUCUUUUUUUUGCUUGUCUAUUCUUAGCGAAAUGUGUUCUUUUUUCCUAAUCAUUGUUUGGGAAAUCAUGUAUCCCAAUGAAAUUCUGUGGUGUAAUAGUUGCCGAAGAUUUAGACCGUAGAUUAGUUUCUUUCUUCUACAAGUUUGUUGCUUCUAUCAGUCGAGUACUUAUCAAUGUAAUUUUAAUAGA